CUUUUUUAGCUUUCUUUCAAGCAACUUAGAAACAAACAAACACACAAAAACAGAGAAGAAUCUUAUUGAUUAUCUUAUUAAAAAGGAUUUAUUUUCCAUUUUCCCUCCUAUAUUAUACUACUUGUAUGUCAUGUGUACAUCGAGAAUGGCGUUAUUCCCCUGCAGAUAUUUUCUACAGAUGGUCAUUUUAAAGGGAACAGGUGAAUCUUCAUCAGGCAAACACACGUUACAAAUUUCCAAUAAGAUAUGGGGGAAAAGAAUACUUGGUUAGGAUUAAUUAUCUACUUCUAUUUCAAAUAAAUAACCCGAAAUUUGUCUCUUUUUUGUAAUGGCAUAUUCAACAAUAGGAUAAAGUAGACCGCAAGGCAAACUAAUCCUAUUUCUCUUUUAGGUGUUUCGCCGUUGGUUUUUUAAUUAAUUAACCUGUCUUCUAAGCUAUAGUUGCAGGCAAAAUUUCAAGUCUCACAAACCGAGUGAUUUCUAAUGGGAAUCGUAAUGAAAUAAACUUUUCUUCUAUCCUUUUAUCACUCCCUUUUUCUUUUUCCCUUCCCGGUCGCUGGUUUGUCACUUUUUCCCAUUUUCUUCCCCUUUCAAGGCUCUACCGGAUCAGUGUCGUUUAUUAGGUAAACAAUAAAUAUUUUUAUUCCUUUAUGCUAAAUAUUCUCGGUUAGAUUUCUCUUCUCGAGAUUGUUCUCAAAUUUUUUCUAUCUUACCUUUCUCCCUUCUCAUUACCCUUUCGACUCUUUCGAUUUCUUUUUUAUCUCACAUUUUACUCUUGUUCCUCUCUCUUCUUCGUUUUAUGCGUCUAGCUAGUUUCUUAACGAACGACAAACAGAGAGAGGAAAAACAAACACCUAAUAACGCCAUCUAUAGUCUAAUCAAGUGAAUAGAACUAACUGAAUAAAUGCUUUUCGUAAAGGAGAGCAGGAGAGUCUAUUCAAACAAAGAAGUUUUACUCUAUUGAACGAAGAUAUAGUGACAUAGGACUAGAUUAAAGCGAAUCUCGAAACCUAGAUGUUUAUUUACGAAAUAAAUUGUACUUUAUUAAGGGACAAUCGAUGAGAAAACAAAAGUAGUCGACCAAGAUUAGGACUAUUAGCUCAUAGGAUUGUAAAUGAUAUGGAAUUGAAUGAGAAUAGGCGUUAUUUUUCCCUAAUAAUCAUAUAGGUUAAAACAAAAACAAUAAGUCUAAUUUUUUUUUAGAGGCAGCUUUCCUUUCGUGUUUGUCUUUAACUCUUGUUCUACAUAGUCAACAUAAAAUAUAUAGCAAAUCCUUUGAUCUACUUAGACGCUUAUAACCGCACCUUUUUCUAUGCAAUAACUCUUUCGGAAACGUACAGAAAACUACUUUGAUAUGAAUUUUUGUGUUAUUUUCUUGGUAUGUACAAACAAUAAUCAGUUUCUUCAAUUUCCUACAAAUACACAACCAAAAUAUUUGAUUGUGACUUUUUCUUUUUUAUUAUUCUUUCUUUAUUUCUGUCUUUCUUCCUCUCUCUCUCUCUCUCUUUCUCUCUCCCUUCCUCCCUCCCUCCCUCCAUAGUUCUGCCUUGGGCUUUCAUUUUUGGCUUGUUCAACUGUAUCUUGCGUAUUUGAUCUUUCUACUUGUUCAAAUCAAUCAACAAAUUUGUCGGCUGCAAUUGCGGUAAACUUUCAUUUAUUUAUUAUUUUAUUCAAUCUUUCUUUAACUCUCUCUCUCUCUAUCUAUCUAUCUAUCUAUCUAUCUAUUUGUUUCUCAUAUUCUCCAAGAGCAGAUCCUUUCCAGCGUUAUCGUUCUCGAGUAUGCACACUGUCAGGCGGUUGAAAAGGAGAAAAAAUAUUCACUGGUUAGUUUAUUUUUAUAUUUUCUCUACUAUUAAUCAUUGUUAUUUAUAGCAGACAACUUUUUUUUCUUUCAUUAUAACGAUACUAUUUUGUUUCUUUGUUUUCCCAUUCAACAAAAUCAUUAAAAACUAGGGAGUAUUAGCCUGCUCAUCCAUCUUUCUCAUUAUACCGGCAACCUGUAAUUGUUUGUUCAAUUCAUCUUUAAGAAUAUACGAAAAGAUAAGGGUUGUUUCUUUAAAUCAAACCCAAUUUAUCUCCAAUAUAUUUUCGGCGAAUGAUGUAAGUUAUAUUAUAUUUUUGUACCAAAAUCUCUUCUAGUAAAUGAUAAAACUGUUGUUGUUCUUAGAAAAAUUUAACGGCAUUGGAAAUCUCUCUUCUAAUAACUGCCUUUUUAUCGUUAACCGUCUCAGUCUACAUCCUUUUCUCACGAAUUAAAGCGAUGCAAUUAAAGAAGAGAGUAGGUUCCAUUUGCUUCUUUCUCCUUUCUAAUUGGAUCCUGAUGCUAAUUUUGCUAAAUAUAAUUUUAAAUUAUUAUUCUUUUAUGUCAUUGCAGGAGGCAACAAGUAUUUAUCCAACUGCAUCGCCUAUCUAUUGUACCUUGUGCCAUCAAUGUAUUAAUUGUCGAAAUAUUGCAAUUAAUCAACAGCAAUUCGACUCUCCGCUUUCGGAUCAGGGGAACUUUUUACCAAGAAUCUCUUCGAGGGAAAGGUAAAGGCCGAAAAGGAAAGACACAAAGAUAGAGGGAAAGAAGAUGUGAAGAGAAGGAGGAAGGAAAGAAAGAAAGUAAAUAAAAAAAUAGCAAGCAACCAAUAAACAAUGUAGUAGAAGAACGAAAAAGGAAAUUUUAAUAAGCACUCUCUUUCUCCCAUUUUGGAAAAGAAUUCUAUUUCUCACUCAUGCUUACUUAAGCUUUUCUCCGCUUCGGGCAAUUUUCACGGCAGAUUAUAUAGAGCUCUAUGUCUAUUGUUAAAUAUUAAUAUUUAAUAAAUAAAUCUAUAUAAUUUAAUAAUUUCAAUGAAUUCUAAAGGUAAACUUUGUCCUUAGGAAAACAAUGACAAGUAUUAUCUUUUAUUUUAUAGAUUUUCGGAGGCUGCAGCAGCUAUGUUUACGUUUAAGAAAGAAGAAUAAAAACAUAAUUUUGGCCUAAAGUAAUUGAAUUGAAAUUUUAUAAAUCCGAUACAAUCUUAAAUCCAGGACCAACUGGUUGUCUUACUUUCAAAGCAGACGUUUAAAGCUUUGUUAAUCCGUGCAGGCUUUUAAAUCCGUUAAUGGACCAACUCAACAUAGAAAAUAUAUAUGUUAAUAAUUAAAGUAGAUCUAAUAAAACUUUUAGGCAAAAAAUAUGUAAAGAAUAAAGAAAUCUCCUUGUAGUUUUUGUUGUUUUUUUGUUUAAAAUAUGUAUAGUUUUGUUUAAACUGAUAUCUUUGAAAAAGCCAUUAGUAAACUGUACACUGGUCUUAGUUAAACAGACUCUCUCUCUCUCUCUUUCUCUUUCUUUAUAUACAUUAUCUAUACACUGUCAAACAUCCAUUGAAAUCUUUUAAAAGAAAGAUAUUUGUUGCUAUUGUAGCUUUUUUCGUCUUGAAUAAUCUCUACAACUUCCAAUUAACGGUAAAAUAGUUCUGUGGUCGUUUAACUAGAACGCUAUCGCUUCUUACCGAACGGAUGGAGUUAGCGGAGUCAAUUCUAUACGAUUUGCUCGGUAAACUUUCCAUCCAGUUCGAAUGAUGACCAGAAGAACUGGAAUGUUUAUAAGGGCUAGAAUGGAGUCUUGGUAAGUUGGACCUCGAACCAGGUGUUAUAGCAGUUCUUGGCCGAAAUAGUAGCGGACUCUUUUGUAAUUCGGUAAUAUUCUCUUCGACUUCGUCCUCUUUCUGCCAAGCGUUAUGUAAACGCCUUCUUUCGGCUGACUCCUGAGUUCGGCGAGAGAUGAUCCUAUUAAAAUUUGACGGUGAUAUAACAGGCUUUGAGAUCUUUUGACUUGAAAAUUGACUUUGCAUAGAAUUUGCCCUUAAACUUCUUCUACUCUCGAACUGAGGUGAUUUUGGAACGGCGGCUCCAGGUCUCGGUCCGUAUACUCUUUGCAAAGGAUUAUUCCAAUUUAAACUCAAUCUUUGCAGGCUAAAAUUUAGAGUUUGUUGAGAAUGAAUAUGAAUAGGAGAAGAUUGAUCACGUGGUAUUUCCAAGAUAUUUACCAGUACAUCAUCCGGUUGAAAAGUGACUUUUUUCUUACGUUUUAAAGUUGGAGACGAUGUCGACACAGUCGUCAUAUUUUUUUGCAGUUUCUGCAGUUUCUUUUCGUAAAAUCGUUAGUUUUUCAAGUCCGAGUCAAUUGAAUGUUAAUAACAACAUCGAUUUCAUCUCCCACCUUCAUAUUCUCUUCAAUUAAACUGUAUCCAACUGAAAAGCUAAGGGAAACAACUACACGACACUGCUUACAAUUCCAACGUUCGAUUAAGUAUUGAACGAAACAACUGCAAAAGCAGACUAUUACUAAUUCUCUAGAUUAGUCGGCCAUGAAUAGAUUAGUGGAUUAGUUAAAUAUUUUCAUUGUUAACCUUAUUCAAUAACAUUUUUAUCCUAAAUUUCUUUAACCAUUUUUAUUUUCAAACGGAAAUCAUCUAUUUUCAAAGUUUUAUGCCAAUCCCUAAUAUUUUUUAAUUAGCAUAAACUAGCCGGCCUAUCAGAAAUGAGCGAAUCGAUAAGUGUCUUUUUGAUGUACAUUUUAUAUCUCAAUACCUUUAAAUGUUUAAGUAGAUUAAAGACUAUUUUGAGUACAACUUUGUACAAUUAAGGAAGAAUAGAUAAAUGGUCGUGUUUACUUUAAAUAUUUUAUGAAUAUUGAUAGAAAUUCACUUUUCAUUUAUUAAUCUUAUUACUCGUUUUUUAGAAUCUCUCUUCUCGUUUGCUUUUCACUUUUCCGCUCUUCUCUUUUCAUCAUUUCCUCUUCUUCGUCUUUACAAUUAUGUUGUAUACGUGAAAUUUCUUUCUCUGGGAAAUCCGAUUAUUAAUAUGACUUUACCCAGAAAGAUACGGUUAGUCUAUCUAUAGACGCUGUCAAGAGGCUUCCUAUAUGAAGUAAUCAACGCAUUUUAUAACAGCACACACAAUAUACACAGUAUACUGUAUACAUUGUAUAUAUAGAUAUAUAGAUAUAUAUCCAUAUUUCCAUGCAAAGUUACAAACAAAUAUAAAUACAACUACAAUAUAUUCAUGUACAUACGUGAAUAUAUUAGUAUAUAUAUGUUUAUACAUAUUUUCAUUUAUGGACAUACUGAAAAACUUCCGCAAGCCUGUUCUUUAUACACUCUGUAAAAAGAAUUAUUGAUUUGCUGUAGGCCCCUGCUUGGCAGCAGCACUGCAGUUUUUUAGGAAUACAGAUCGUAUCCAUGGCCCAUUCAAAUAGUUCAAUCAAUCGGACGACGAAGAAGAAAAGAGGUUCACCAAGCUCAUAAGACAAGUCAAAUGGAUACUGAUCAAGCUAGUAGUAGGGAUAAUCAGUCGUCUGUUAAUUUCCUGGACCAGGCCAGCGCUCAACUAUUCCAAUGCAGUCUUUGUUUGGAUGAGUACAACUCACCAAAAGCCUUGCCAUGUUUGCACACUUAUUGUGCCAAAUGUCUAUAUCAGCAUGUUCAGGUAGCCAAGAGUAGAGGCUACAAAGACACUUUCGAAUGUCCCCAAUGUAGAAUUGCAACCAAACUGCCAAACGGAGGACCUUUAGCUUUUCCUGAUAAUUUUUUGAUAAACAGCGCUAGAGAUUUAUUUAGAGACUUGAAAUUUAAUACAGAAAAGGAGAAGGAGGAUGACGACGAGAGGAAAAACGUAGAGAGAGAGAAGCUGUUAAAAUGUCUAGAUGAUCAAAAUGAAAGGGUUAAAGAAGAAAUAGAUUACGCUUAUAAGAAAUUUACUAGAAUUCUAUUAGUGAAUCAACAGAAGGACUUGGAAGAUUUAAAAGAAGCUACUAACAAAUUGAAAUACUCCAUUUCCAAUUCUGAUAAUUCUCAAUUUAAAGCCGGUGUAUUACGUCAUAAUUGUAAUUUUCAACCAUUCGAUUAUUCAUUUUUGGAGGCCGUUAUGGAAACUAGGAAACCUUUACUUAGAAUAUUUUCAACAUUCAAAAGGCCUAAAUUAAAGUAUAUAUUUAAUGUAACUUGCGAUUGGCUAAUGGAUAUGUCAAGUUAUGAGGAUAAUUUGAUACUUGUAAAAAGAAUCUCUUCUCAUAGAGGAACUGUAGCUAAAUUCAGUGAAGAUGGCGUUGAAUUAAAGGAUCUAUACGGUAAUAUUCCCGCUAGGUGCGCCAUCGUCGGAAAGACCUUGUACGUCACGGAUUGGGUCGAUAACUUUUUACAAGUAAUAGAUCUCACCGAUAAGGAUAAGACUGUCAAAUCGAUUGAAGCAGCGUCAACCGAAUCUUCUUCCAAUCCGUUCAAUUUGAUUAAUUGCGGUAACUGCCUUAUGGUCUUGCAUCACAAAAGUGCCGAUGGUCUAGCAACAAUUCUCGGUCCGACAUGGACAGCCCAAAUUCAAAAGGCGCUACCCGAAGAAAUUAAAUUUCACUGGUACGCCUGUCACGUGACCGGUAGUACAAUCGCGGUAACGGAUAAAGAGGAGAGUUGCGUAAGAUUUGUAAGAGUAGAUAAGGCAAAAAGUUUAUCUUCCGUAAAAGUGAAAGAGGGAUUACUCUUUCCGGCCGGUAUGUGUAAUGAUGUGAAAUCUUGCCGAAUUCUAUUAGCAGACAGACAAGCUGGUCGAAUUCAAAUAUUAUCGUACGACGGAGAGAUUGUGGGUGAACUGUUAAAUAAAGAAGACGGAUUAAAAGAACCACGACUUGUGCAUAUAAAUGAAGUUACGAAUUCUUUAUAUGUAGGCGAACAAGACGGAACUGUUAGAGUAUACGAAUACCUCUACUAAUCAAACACAAGCCACUAUGUUCAUAGUUUUGUUUUAUUGAUAAAGGAAAUGUUCAUCUUAAAUAUUCAAAAGUAUUGGAUAGCGCACAAUGCUGUUGUUCCGUUCGUUUCAAUGAAUGUUGCAAAGAGGCUUAAAAAGCUGUUUAACUUAGUUGGAGGGAAGGCGAUGAUAUUGUUGAAACUAUUCUUUUUUAAAUGAAACUAAUUUAAAGAGAAAGAACACGAAUAAAUGAAUUAAAUAUCUAGGAAGAACUACUAUUCUCUUAAUAGUUCAUCCAUCUAUCUUGCUAUCUCUCUAUCUAGCAUUCUAUCUUUAUCUAUAUAUUUAUCAGUCUAUUCACUUUUCUAUUCGUUUGUCAUUCCAGUACAAUUUAUUAGAGCUUUAUGCCUCUAAUUCACCUUUGUAUCUAUAUAUAAACUAGAGACAUCUUACGUACAAAAAGGAAGAGAGAAUGCGCACGAAUUUACGUGCUUAAACUUGCCAAAGGUCGUUUCAGAAAAGAAACGAACGAUAAAUCAAUAAAGAAAACUGGAAUAGAGAUACAUGUCCUUCGUAAUAUGAGAUAAAUAAACUAAGACACUUUUAUACGUUUAACGUUUCUGUUCCAAAGUCCUUAACUUGCCCAAACGCCUCUUAAAGGAUAAAAGAGGUUUAAGCCAUCUCAAUGAUAGAGAGAGAGAAAGACAGAAGAAUAUAACCUUGUUGUCUUUUAUCUAUCUUUCGUCCUCUUAUAAAUAUUAUACAAUGAAAAGAAAUUCAUCUCCUCAUUCUCUUUUCAUUCACAUUUAAUUCUCCACUUUUUAUCUAUUUAUUAAAUUAUCAUACAGUAUAA